AUGCAUCAUCAUUACCUGCUGCGCAUAACUUUUAUUAACCAGGCAGGGCUAAGUCAAAUAGUUUGUCAUUUGCCAUCUUUGGCUUUGGUUGAGCGCUCGCCUGAUGGGGGUUACAUCAUUCCACAACUUUACGAUGAAGGUUAUGGCUCAAACAAGACCAGCCCUGCCAAGGAUAUGCAAGCUGUGAGAAAAUGUUGGCCUGAAUCGCCAACUUUUGUGCCACGACAUGAAGAGCUCCCAAUGGGUCCAAUGCUUAAAAGCCACUAUGGUUUCAACGCUUUCAAUCAGGUCCAACUCAACGAGGGGCCAAUCAUGGAUCAUCAGCGCGCAAGUUUCAACAACCACUAUUACGCUCUUCUUGGAGGUGGUGAUUCGCUUAGUCCACAAAUGCCAAUUCCAUGUGGAGCCGAAAUCUACGCUCGCAAAGUUUUUAUCGGAGGGUUGCCUAUCGAUGUCAAAGAAGCCGACAUUUACAACACCUUUCGUCACUUCGGCAAGAUGAUUAUCGAUUGGCCAAGGCGUUCGGAGAAGGAAACUGUGGCGGCCGCAACAAGUGCUCGAACGAUGUCAGGAUAUGUUUUCCUUGUUUACGAGAGUGAGGCUAGUGUGCAGAUGUUGGUCAACAAGUGCUACAAAGACAAUGAUAAGCUUUUUCUCCUUGUUUCAUCACUAACAAUGCGCAACAAGCCUGUUCAAGUUAGACCAUGGAAGUUGUCUGACACGGAUUACAUUGUUGACAAAAAUGCAAAGAUGUGGGCUCGGCGCACAGUCUUCAUUGGAGGAUUACCUCGUCCAACGCGUGCUUGUGAUUUGGCGGCAGCAAUCGAGGAUCUCUACGGACAUGUGGCUUAUGUGGGAAUCGACAUCGAUCCCGAACUAAAGUACCCAAAAGGAGCAGCUCGUGUUGUCUUCUUCACGUCGGAAUCGCUUGUGGCUGCUAUCAGUGGAAAAUAUGUGCACAUUCCACAUUCAGAAGUUCAAAAACGACUCGAAAUCAAGCCCUAUGUGAUGGAUGAACAAAUGUGCGACGAAUGCGAGGGGCGUCGUUGCGCAGGACGCUAUGCUCCAUAUUUCUGCGGUGAUUUUGAUUGCAUGCAGUACUUUUGCGAGAUUUGUUGGGACAUGGUUCACACGGACGAAGAUCACAAGUUCGACCACAAACCAUUGGUUCGCUGUGGUGAGCAGACUAAGCAAUUGGCUCGCCCACCUCAUCAUGGACCUCAACACGGUGCUGCUCGCAAUGGAUCUGUGGGACAUCAUAGCCUUCGCUCGCGCCAUGGCCACUAUUUC